AUGAGCGGUUCGCCCGCUGGAUCUAACCCAAGGACAUCGCAGAGCAGCGGAGGGGAGAGCGCACCGUCCCCAGCAGCAGCAGCAGCCUGUCCGGCGCUCUCUCACCUGCCCCCAGCGGACCCCCUGCGCCAGGCGAACCGGCUCCCCAUCAGGGUCCUGAAGAUGCUCAGCGCCCACACCGGCCACCUCCUGCACCCGGAAUACCUGCAGCCUCUCUCCUCCACGCCCGUCAGCCCCAUCGAGCUGGACGCUAAGAAGAGCCCGCUGGCGCUCCUGGCACAGACCUGCUCCCAGAUCGGCAAGCCGGACCCGCCGCCUUCCUCCAAGCUCAACGCAGUGACCGCCAACGGGCUGCCCGGCGCGGACAAGGAGCCGGGCGCCCGCUCCUCCACCUCCGCCCUCAAGCAGCUGGGCGGCGGCGGCGACUCCCCGGCGGAGGACAAGUCCAGCUUCAAGCCCUACUCCAAAGGCGGCGGGGACCCCCGCAAGGAGGGCGGCUCGGCGGGCGCGGGCCCCGGCGCGGACAAGGCAGGGUUCCGGGUGCCCAGCGCCACCUGCCCGCCCUUCCCGCCGCAUGCGGCCGCCGCCUCCUCCCCGGGCGGCUCCCGGGGCAGCUCCCCGCAGCACGGAGACUGCAAGGGCCAGGAGGACAAGAAAGAGCCCGAGGCGGCGGCCAAGCCCAGCCCCGAAGCGGCGCCGGGGCCCGGGGGCAGCGGCUUGAGCCGGGCCGGCGGGGGCGCAGGGAGCGCAGACACCGGGGCGCAUGGCGAGGCCGCCUCAGGGCGCAAAUCGGAGCCUCCGGCCCUGGCGCCCGCCGGCCACGUGGCCCCGGUGUCCCCCUACAAGCCGGGGCACUCUGUCUUCCCCCUGCCCCCUUCCAGCAUCGGCUACCACGGGUCCAUCGUUGGGGCUUACGCCGGCUACCCGUCCCAGUUCGUGCCCGGCCUGGAUCCUACUAAAGCCGGCCUGGUGAGCAGCCAGCUGCCGGGGACCUUGGGCUUGCCCGGCAAGCCGCCCAGCUCUAGCCCUCUGACUGGGGCCUCCCCGCCCUCCUUCAUGCAGGGAUUAUGCAGAGACCCCUAUUGCUUGAGCUACCACAGCGCCUCGCACCUGGGCACCAGCAACUGCUCCAGCUGCGUGCACGACCCCGGCAGCCUGAAAAGCGGAUACCCCCUGGUGUAUCCCACGCACCCCCUGCACUCCGUCCACACAACCCUGUCCUCCAGCGCCACCCCGAGCCUGCCGAGCCACCCCCUCUACACCUACGGCUUCAUGCUCCAGAACGACCCCUUGCCCCACAUAUGCAACUGGGUGUCUGCCAGUGGACCCUGCGACAAGAGGUUUGCCACCUCGGAGGAAUUGCUCACCCACCUAAGGACCCACACGGCUCUGCCCGGGGCGGAGAAACUCUUGGCUGGCUACCCUACCUCUGGUCUUGGCUCUGCGGCAUCCUGCCACCUCCACCUCCCACCCACCGCCCCAGGGAGCCCCAACACUUUACCAGGAUCCCUGUCUUUGAGAAGCCCACACACUUUGGGACUAAACAGGUACCACCCUUAUGGCAAGAGCCACUUGCCCACAGCCGGUGCUCUGCCAGUGCCCUCCUUGCCAGCAGCUGGACCCUACUACUCUCCAUAUGCGCUGUAUGGCCAAAGACUAACUUCAGCUUCCGCGCUUGGAUAUCAGUAA